GGCUAAAAAAAAAAGUCUCAAGCUAUUACAGUUAUUUCAUUGAGCAGUAUGUACUGUUAGUUGCCACUACAGUUUUUACUAGAUUGCAGAAGGCGGUUGGCAUGUGGAAGUGAAGCUCGAACAUCUGCCGCAUAUGUAAAUAUAUGUGGUUAAGGAGCGGUUAUAAGAUUUAGUUUAUAUGAGCGUAGUCAUUCGAGCCGCGUGUAGGGCUGAGAAACCGGUUUUUGUGUGGCAGGGAUUGUUUCGUAACCGUUAUCCCGUUUGGUGUAGGGGAAGCGAUAUCCGUGUCAGUAGUGCGCUUGCACGAGCAGCGGGUUGGCUGAGCGGUCCGCGUGGAAACUGCCUUGUCAGCGUCAGUGGCUACACACAUCGUGCUCGUUUCGAGUGGAGGGCGUGUUGCGUUCGAGCUUUUGCAACGAUGCCGCAACCGAAGCCUUUCGAAAGAUUGCCAAAAAAUGUGGUUCCAAAACAUUAUGAUUUAGUUUUGAAGCCAGAUUUGAAGACAUUCGUGUUCGAAGGAAAAGAAACUAUCAAAGUCCAGGUGAAGACCUCCACAAACAAGAUUGUGUUGAAUGCUUUGGAUUUGAAUAUCAAUAACGUGGAGUACGUUAAUCCUGAAGGGAAACUUCUGAAGCCGUCGACCAUCGAUUUGUCAAUUCCGGAUGAAACUCUCACACUCACGUUCGCAGAAACUCUGGCCCCUGGAGAUGGAACCUUGGCUAUGGAUUUCACGGGCGAGUUGAAUGACAAAAUGAAAGGGUUUUACAGGAGCAAAUAUGUCAGCCCUAGCGGCGAGGAACGGUUUGCAGGAGUCACCCAGUUUGAGCCCACCGACGCCAGGCGGUGCUUCCCGUGCUGGGACGAGCCCGCCAUCAAGGCGACCUUCGACAUCGCCCUCACGGUGCCCAAGAGCAAGGUCGCACUCUCCAACAUGCCAGCCGUCAGCGAGCUGUCGGACGGUGACGUGCGCACCGUCAAGUUCGACACGACGCCCGUCAUGUCCACGUACCUGGUGGCGGUGGUGGUGGGGGAGUACGACUGCGUGGAGGACCGCUCGGAGGAUGGCGUGCUCGUCAAGGUGUACACGCCGGUGGGGAAGCGGGAGCAAGGGCGCUUCGCCCUCGAGGUGGCCACCAAGGUCCUGCCCUACUACAAGGACUACUUCCAGAUCGCCUACCCGCUGCCCAAGAUAGACCUCAUCGCCAUCGCCGAUUUCUCCGCCGGUGCCAUGGAAAAUUGGGGUCUGGUCACCUAUCGAGAAACUUGCCUUCUGGUUGACCCAGAGAACACGUCGGCCGUUAGGAAGCAGUGGAUUGCUUUGGUGGUGGGCCACGAGAUAGCACACCAGUGGUUUGGCAAUCUAGUUACUAUGGAGUGGUGGACUCAUCUGUGGCUGAACGAAGGCUAUGCAUCUUUCGUCGAGUUUCUGUGCGUGGCCCACCUCUUCCCAGAGUAUGACAUCUGGACGCAGUUUGUGACGGACACGUAUAUCCGAGCCCUGGAGCUCGAUUGUCUGAAGAAUAGUCACCCUAUAGAGGUGCCUGUUGGUCAUCCAUCAGAAAUUGAUGAAAUUUUUGAUGAUAUUUCUUACAACAAAGGAGCUUCAGUAAUACGCAUGUUGCACAAGUAUAUUGGAGAUAAGGACUUCCGGAAAGGCAUGAACUUGUACCUGACGCGCCACCAGUACCGCAACACGUUCACAGAGGACCUGUGGGCAGCGCUGGAGGAGGCUAGCCAGAAGCCGGUGGGUGCCGUCAUGUCGACGUGGACAAAACAAAUGGGCUUCCCUGUCGUUAAAGUGAGCAGUCGGCAGGACGGGGCAGACCGCAGGCUAACAAUCGUACAGGAGAAGUUCUGUGCCGAUGGCAAAGCAGAUGGCAAGGAACAGCUGUGGAUGGUGCCGGUCACAUUCAGCACGUCCCGGGACCCCGAGGCGGUGGUCCACCAGACGGUCCUGGACGUCAGGUCGGCCGACGUGUGCCUGAGCGACGUGGCGGCCAGCGACUGGGUGAAGGUGAACCCGGGCACCGUCGGCUACUACCGCACGCAGUACCCCCCGGACAUGCUGGCCCAGUUCGUGCCCGCCAUAGCGGACCGCAGCCUCCCCCCGCUGGACCGGCUGGGGCUGCUCGACGACCUGUUCGCCAUGGUCCAGGCCGGCCACACGCCCACCGUCGAGGCGCUCAAGCUCAUGCAGGCGUUCGCCGGCGAGACCAACUACACGGUGUGGUCCAGCAUCAGCAACUGCCUGUCCAAGAUAUCCCUGCUGCUGUCCCACACGGACUUCGACGACCUGUUCAAGGUGUACGGCCGGAGGCUCGUGGCCAAUGUCGGUCGGCGUCUCGGCUGGGACCCCAGCGAGAAGGAGAGCCACCUGGACACACUUCUGCGUGCGCUGACAAUCGACAGAUUGUGCGUGUUUGAAGACGAAGCGAUGAUAACCGAGGCCCACAGGAGGUUCAGUGCUCAUCUCUCCGGGAAGAUGUUGUUGCCUGCAGAUUUGCGCUUUGCUGUGUACAAAGCUGUUCUGGCUAAAGGAAACGAGGAUACGUACACUACUAUGCUCAGGCUGUAUCGAGAGGCUGAUCUUCAUGAAGAAAAAGAUAGGAUAUCACGAGCGUUAGGUGCCAUCAAAGAUGUUUCUUUGUUGAAGAAAGUACUACAGUUUGCAAUGUCCGACGAAGUUCGAUCCCAAGACACUGUGUUUGUGAUAAUUUCUGUGGCAAUGAGCAAGCUGGGCAGACGGCUCGCCUGGGAGUUCGUCAAGGAACAUUGGGAGGAACUCAUGAACAGAUACCAGGGCGGGUUCCUGCUGGCGCGGCUGGUCAAGUACUCGACGGAGAACUUCGCGAGCGAGGAGCGCGCGCGGGAGGUGGAGGAGUUCUUCGAGGAGCACCGCUCGCCGGGCGCUGAGCGCACCGUGCAGCAGAGCUGCGAGACGAUCCGCCUGAACGCCGCGUGGCUGGAGCGUGACCGCGACACCAUCAGGGCCUACCUCUCUGCCACCGUCGGCUGAGCGCGCCCGUCCCCGCGCCGACGCUUGUUCUCUGGUAGGUGCUCGCGUCUCUGCGAUUCACAAAAAUGAAUUGUAAACAUUUGGAUUUAUUUUUUUUUGAGUGUACAUUAUUAUUUUUUUUUUUGUUCGUCAUCUUGUUAAGUUUGCUUCUAUACGGUAUAUACAUGUUCAAGGCAAACCAUAAACCCACCAAAAUACUUGAAGUAUGGAAGAUAAACCAACCAAACUUGUGUGACCGUUGUUCAUAGUCCCGUGACAGUGAAUUCAUUAGAAAAAUUAAAAAAAAAAUUUAAAGCUUUUUUUUUUUUUUUGCUAAAGUAGUAGAGCAAUAGCAUAAUAAUAUUGUGGGAUUAACGUUAUUAAGUAAUUUUCUUAUGCAAAUAAUAGUUGUGUGUAAAAGCAUUGUGUUUGGUUCUAUAUAGUUUGUAUUUUAGCUUUAAAAUUUUGGUUUCCUAUUAUUUCUUCCUUUCUCAGUAAAUUUGCAAAAUGACCAGAAUGAAAGAAUUAAACAUACAAAUUUCAUUAUUGUCAUUUUUUAAAUCUUCAUAAUAGAAUUAUAUCAUUUGUAAAGUAUUUAUUAAAUGAUGCACUCUUGCACUCUAUAUAUUUUUAAGGGAUGGUUGUAGUCAAAUCCAAGAUUUGUGAAAUCAUUUCGAUACACAUAUUGUAUGUUCAAUUUGAAUCAAAGAUUCAGUGUGUCUUAAACGUGGUGAGAUUACACGUUAGUCUGCAUAUUUUAUUUAAUUGAUUAUGCAACUUAGCUGGGUCAUUGAUAAGUGCCAGAUGUAAAUAUUCUGUUUAUAAUUUAAUUAAAUACUGUAUCAGCAAAAAUCUAUUAUUAGUUAUUUGUGAGUGAUGUAUUAGUAGCCCUGAUAUCUGGCUGACAUUAUCAUGGUCUUCUUAAGUAAAAGUUGUCUACGUCGUCGGAGACUUUGUAAUAGGUGUGCCAACCUGAUUCAGCUUUUGUAAGGGGGCUCCAAAACGCUUAGUUUAUCUGAUAGUUUUCCAUGUAUGACAUGUCUGAACAAUUAACUGAAGUAACUGUGUAGUUCUGUCUGGCGAAACCUCCAGUACCUCCGUUCCCUUCGGUCAGAUAAUUGUUCGUCCCAUCAGUUACUUACAAAAUUUUGCGAUGGCCGCGUCGAAAACGGAGAGCCACCUUUCAUUUUGUAGAAACAUACAGAUUCCUUCUCAUGGGAUCUGGGGAAUGCAAACUAAAGUAAUGAAUUCAAAAAAAGUAGUUCAUGUACAAUGCUCUAGUGGAAAAGCUGAAAAGCAAUGAUAAUUUUCUUUUGUCACUCAUGUUGCGGCAUCAACAAUAGGGAGAACUGACACAACUGAUGGAAAAUCUGGAGAGACUGAUGGGAAAACUGAGCUGUAUGUACAUAGUUUUGGUUCAGUUAAUUGUUCAGUUUAUUCUUCUGAUCAGGAUUCAGGUAAAUUGACAGAUAAAGUGAGCGUGAUAUGAGAUGUUAUGAAGGCAUGUUUUUUUUUGAAAUCCAGUGAUAUUUUAUUUAAGUCUCUGAAAUUUCUUAAGAACAAAUUUUUUUUUAACAAAUGGUGUUUAGUAAUAAAGCUGAACUUUUUUUUACAAAAAAGCAAAAAUUGUAAUGGAAAUUAUGUAUGUUAUCAUGAAAAUUUACAUAGAAGAUUUAUACAGUGAAAUCUCAUUACUACUGUGUAUCUCGAAAAACCCACUGUUUUGAUAUUUAUUGAGAACAACUUUACUUUGUACUGAACUCAUAUCAAACAUCUUGUAGGGAUCUGAAAAUAUAUACUUUAUAACUUAUAAGUGAAAAACCUCUAAACUGAGGUACUUUGUAAUGAGUUCUACUAUAUGUUUACUUAUAAAAAUAUAUUAUGUUUGAAUUGACACAGCAGAAAUGAAUAAAAAAGGAUAAGACUUGACGGUGCUAAAAAAAAACUAUGGUAUCAACCAGUUUUACAUAGCUAUUUUAUUUUUUUAAUUGAAAAUUGCAGUUACUGUUUUCAGUGGAAUGAAAUCCUUUUAUGUGCCCUCAAGUAUGUACAUAACAUUGAUCACAUCAUUUCCUUACUAUUUGAAAACUGCUCAGAAAUAAUGCAAAAAAUAAAUCUCUCAUUAGGAAACAAUUUUAUUUAUUGUUUAUAAGAGUUGGUUUUUAGGUAUAACAUUUGUGGCUCAUGAAUUUUUUUUAUUGUACAAUAUUCAUAUUUAUAUCAUUGUGUACUUAAACAACAUUUAUUCUUAAUUGCAUGUGCAAUUUCAUUAAUUAAAGUUUAAUAAACUACUUAACCAGAAAUGUUAUAUCGUGGAUUUAGUUGUAAGAUUCAUUUAUGGAGGAGGAUUUCACUACAUUUUUCUAAAUUUUUAUUUUCUAAGUUCAGUGUAAUAACUCUUUGUUACCCACUUAUUGCUUCUCAAAAAAGUAAAGAAAUUUUAAUAUAAUGCUAUUUCUACAUUAAAAUUCUUAAGGGACCAGUAAAAAAAAAUGUUAAAAAAUACAGCAAAAUGUAGAUAUUUUUAAUUGAAGGAUAAACAGAAAUCAAUCAGACAUAAAUUAUCACAAAAACAUUAAAAUAAUUUUUCUUGCCACAGUUAAACAUACAAAUUAACAUUUUUAGAACUGGAUUAGGGUGGUGUUUGAUUAUGAAUCAUGAAAGUUAUGGUGGGAGGGGGGGGGGGAGAUUAGCAUACGGUUGCACAAUAUCUUAAGACAUGUAUCUUCUCAGUUGUGAAGGUCUUGAUGAAAUAAUUGUGACUCACUGCAUGGCACACAGGUCACGUAUUUGAUUAGAAAGCUGGAUGAAUAAUAUGUGUUGCAUAAGGUCCAAUGCUUCUCUGAACUCAUUUAGAAUGUGUUCAGUUGUAUGGUGAUGGAGAUAUAUGUUCUCAAUUCAAGCCACAGGUAAACUUAAAUGCUGAACAAACUGUCACCUGCCAUUCAGUAUAAAAGUUUAAGGUAGAUGGGAAACAAGAUAAUACAGUAGAACCUCGAUGAUACGUUCCCGUUUCAUACAUUUUCCCGUGUCAUACGCCGAUUAAUUUUGGUCCCGCCGAAAGUACUAUAUUUACAAUGGUUUACUUUCCCGGAACAUACACUUAUAAAAUCAUUAAUUUCCCGUUUCAUACGUUUUUACAAAGCGGAAAAGCCCAAAAUUCACAAAAUUUUUUGUUAUAUUCCUCCUGAUAAACUACGUUUUAAUGCUUUUAUUUUAAAAAAAUGUUCAUUGUUUACAUUUGCAAACGUAAGAAAAUAACUUUAUCGCACCAUAGAUAUUGAUAGUAUCAGGAAGACUGUGCACCUCGCUAGUAGCAUCUAUGGCCAGCACCAAGCGAGAUUAGUGGCGCAAACUAGCAAUGAUUAUGAAAAUGGUGCACGCGCUUUACCAUGGCACGGAUCUCAUAUUUUGUGCAUUCAUUAAUCUUUGAACUCAAUAUACCAGUUUGUUAUUGUUUUCUUACGUUCGGAUUGUUUUGUAUUUUACGUUUCUCAAGUUAAAAAUAUUAUUGAAAAUUGUUCUGUUGCAUAAAGUUGUUUGUAAAAAGAAACAAACAAGCAUAAAUUUCUGAUUUUCUUUUUACAAUAGCCUAAUUUUUUUAAUUUCUAUUUAGGCUUGGUGACUUUUCCUGCCCUCCAAGAAAGGACUUCAUAACAUUUUGUAAGGCCACUGUUUCUCAUGUCAGCUUUACUCGAUUAUGGACUGUAUUUUACAUUUCUGGUAGUUUUAUUACAUGUAUAUAUAAUUAUGAAUUCAUAUCUUUCAUAUAAUGCCAUUAUCUACACAUUAUGUAUUUAAGUUUAAUCUGACAUUGUGCUGGUAUGCUAGAUUGAAAAAAAAAAUUAUUAUUGCCAUUCCCUUUUCAUACACUUUCCCGCAUCAUACACCAUUUUUGUGCCCUCCGUUGAAAAGUGUAUGACAGGGGUUCUACUGUAUAGAGUAAAGUUUUUUUUGAAUGUCUGCAAGACAUGCAGUUACAAUCAAAAUGUCUACCGUUUGUUCAUGGAAAGUCUAUUUAAUUUAAUUGUGGGGAGGGAAAUGUUCUACAAAGAUUCACGCGCUGCUUGUUUUUCCUUCUAAGUGUUCAAACAACUAUUUGCUCUCACUGUGUGAAUUCACAGCUAUUUGAAGCCUCUACUUGUUUUAUGGUGGAUUAAUUUUUUGUAUUUAUUAAAAUUAAUAUAUUAUUACAGUAAACUCUCAAUCAUCAGGGCCCAGAUUAUUGGGUUUUCGGAUUGUCCGUGCUUAAAUAUAUGUAGUUUAAUUUCUAUUUGUUGUAUUCUGAAGCUGUAAAAAAAAGAUGGGAUCGUUUCGGCACUUUUCUUCACUUGGCAGUUCUAUAUUUUUUAACCACCCUGUUAUUUUGGGAAAACAAUUUGUUUUGACCCUUCUUAUCCAUCCCCUUAGUGGUCACAUUUUUCACACUUUAACCCCCUUCCCAAACAGUGUUGAUUUAACUUUCCCUCUUCGCAGUUGUAAAUGAUCAUGAACGAGCAACUUACAUGAAGGCAAUCUUUGUAUCUCUUAUCACAACAGGUUUUCAUAACACAAACAAUAUUGUUAUCUCGUGCUAGUUCCCAUGCUCUUAACUGAAACAUUUCAUGACUGUAGCCACAGCUCUGCAAGUUGUGCACGUAUUGCUGCCUCCAUGUUUGAUUUAUGGGUAGUUUUCUGUGACAGGUCUGCGAAAAGUACACCUCGGAGAAUUGGUGUAUUAAUAGGCUACUUAUACAUUCAUCCAGCCUGGUAGAAGUUUAUCUGCAUGCUAUUAUUAUGAAAGGACAAGGAACUGUGAAGAAAUAAUAACUUAUCACAGAGGGGUAGAAAAAUUAAAAACGAGGAAAGAGAGGGAGAGAAGUGAUUGACUGACGCUUCUGCAGCAGAUGAAGAAAGACCGCAAGGUGACUCAAUGCCGUAUUGUUUAUGCCCCAUUAAGCUGAGACAGUACACAAUGACUUUACUUGUGCGAAGAAUUAUACUGAAGACAAAUAUAUUGUGCAGUCCUAAUUCGAAGGCAGCCCUUACCAUGAAACCACAAAUUGUCUGCUUUUUUUUUUUUUUUUUUAAAUACAGGAUUUCAAUUAUCCAGGCAUCGGUAGGUCCCAAUUAACACGUAUAAUUGAGUUUACUGUACUUUCAUGAUAGUCAUGUCAUUGUGAUGAGUUGAGCGUCUAAAAUAAUAUAAAUCUUAAUGUACUCCUACUCAAAAUUUGAAACACCAAAAUAAAUGCUUUUAAGAAUUUUAAAGACGUUAGAAGUCACGUGUUUUUAUAUACAUUGAUGUUACCAUUGCUUUCAAAGAUAAAGCUUGAAGCUCAAUAUUUGAUAUAGAAGGAUGUUUUUGCUAUGCAUACCUUUGGGUGUAGUAAUUUAAUAUAUAAAGUUUUCCAACAAUGUUACUUAGAAAACUGUACUUAUUGCUGAAACUGAAACACUAUGUUGUGCAUUUCACACACACGUACCCUUAAAAAUACUUUGCUUAAGAAAGACUGUCUGCAAUAAUGGAAAUCAUAAAUACAAUUGCCAUUACUAAAUUAGAUGUAGUUAGUCAGUAGAAAUAUAAAAAACAGAAUACCAUGUAUGUAUUUAUGUAGAAAGAAAUGACCCCAAUAAAUAAUAUGUUCAGUGUAUAUAUUUUUUUUUUAAAUUUUAGUUACAGUUUAUAUUUUACUUAAAAAAAUAAUUCAAAAUGAGAAUUACUAAAUGAAAUUAACGUGUACUACAUAACGAUUGGCUGUGCCAAUUCUUUUUAUAUUUUACAACUACAGUUUAUAGUGCAGGGUACUAUUUCUACAGUGUCUUCAUGAUUAACUCAAUUUUUAUAAAGCUUUGCUUACUUUCCAUUAAAAAAUAUUCUUUUAAAAGAAUUUAUGGGGGAGGAAAAAUUAAAUUUUUAUUUUUUCCUUGGGUAUCUUGUUACAGACUUACUAUGCAAAUAUAACACAAGCUUGUUGAAAUGUUUUUGGUGCUAUUCUAGGCUUGAAUAAUAACUAUUAUUUAUUGUAGACAUGCGCAAUUCUUUGUUUUCAUGUUCGGAGCGAAUCCUUUAAGAAUUCCUGUUAAAUAUUUGAAAUAGGGUUCAGUUUUGAUUAUGAAUUAUAACUUUUUAUUUUGUAAAUUCUACACAGAAAAAUACACAGAAUAUGUAUCUAACUUAUAUAACUGUACGAUUUGCUGUAUAAAAGAUGUUUGUGCAUGUGUAUUACUGAAAUGAUACAUGUUGGGAAGAAAAUAUUUGUAAGAAAAUAUUUUAUUUUGAAACAUGGAUGGUACAGUUAUAGGCAUGUGUACUACCUAUGCCCUGUACUAAUGCUGGCCUCAACACAUGUAAUUAUGCUUGAUAUUUUGUUGUUGAAUUUAAAGUACCUUUGUUUUGCAGCAUUCUUAUUUGAGGCGUUAAUUAAUGUAAAACAAAUGCCAGGAUCAAACAAAAUGCUAGAGAAUCAUACACAAAUCUUGGCUAGUUAUUAUGUUUACCAUUUUCGUGCUCCACGGUAGUACGGGCUUGUAAUAGUAAGAGGUUGAUAAAAGGUUGUACGCAUGACUGGCAUGUGUGCUGACAAAUCAUUAUUAACAUUUGUGCCAGUGUCGACUGAACCACAGCAACUAUAUUGCCAAUCAUGUCUUGCACGGAUCAAGCAGUCUGUAUAAUAUCUGCAAGGAAUACCAACUCUUUUUUUCAUACAGAAAGGCUAGUAAAUUUGAAAAGUUGGUUCUUUAUAAACAGAAAAUAAUCUUUUGUAGCAUAGCAACUAGAUAUGUAAAUUCAUUUUUUGUCCGCCUCAAUUUUUAAUGUAAAAAUAUGAUUAAAAAUGAUGGAACUGUAUGUGAGGAAAUAGCUUUGAAAAAACAAUUUUUGUACAUGCCCAUGUAUUUAUUACCUACCUCUUUGUGCUUGAAUUUUUCAAGAGUUGAAUCGAAACCAAAAAUUUCGGGCAUCCACACAACGUUAUUUUUUAGUUUCGUUUCGUAUCCACCUGAAAAAUCUGUCAGAUUUCACAGAAAAUAAUUGCACCCCUGAGACAAAAAAUAAUAAUGGUUUAUUUUAAAUAUAUAUAAAAAUAUUAGGUUUUAACCAGUGCUGUAUGAAUGAAUGUGUGUGUGUUUGUGUGAAAUAAUUUAGUAAUUUAAUGGCAGUGGUGUUAUAUAAACCAUGUACGUAAUAUCGUAGCAACAAUCAACCAGGUAUUUAUAUAUAUUUUAUUUCCCCUUCAAAAUUUAUGAAAAUUCAAUGAAAGGGUUAGUUAUCUCCCAAUAGUGGAAAUAAGAUUUUGUUUGAAUGUAAAAAAAAAAAAAAAAAAAAAAAAAAACCGCAACAAAUUGUUGAAACAAGAACUGCUUUUCUUUCUGUCAGCUUGAUUGUCAAGUGUUUUAACAUAAUGUAUAUGUACACACAAUAUGGUUUUAUUUUUAGCUUGAUUUUGUUCUUAAAUUAUAAAAUUCUGAUUAUUAAUGAAAAUUAUAUAGUGAAAAAAAUUUCUGUGAACUGAGUAAAGUUCUGUUAAAAAUAUAUAUAUAUAUAUAUAUUAAUCAACUAGCAAUUAAAAGCUACAUAAUUUAUUAACUUUAAUUUCUGUGUUAUAAUUUAUAUUAUUUUGGCUUUAUCGCAAUUCUCCAUAAAAUCAUAUGUAUCCCUAAUAGCAGCACACAUUGGUCCUAAUCCAUUAUCGUGGAAUAUUUUUGUAGGGUUAGUGAAAAAUUCAUCUCCACAUGGUAGUAUUUAUAUUUUUUUUACUGGCAGAGGGUAAAUUGCAAUUGUAAUGAUUUAGUUUGAUUUACCUAUACCUAUACCAGCCUAAUUUUUUUUGAGUACAGUACUAUGGUUUUUCCACCAAUUUUAAUAGGGAAGUACGUAACAUAGUUGUGCUUAUAGGCUUUAUACGACUAACCCUCCAAAUUAUAGUAUGCUUCGAACCACUUGGACACCAAUUUGGUGCUGAUUAAGUAGUACGAAUUAUGCCGGAGAGUGGAUUGAUUCUACGGUCCUCUGCAUUGGUCAACAUGUUUGCGAUGAUAGCCACCGGGUGUUAUUUUUCUCAUGCAUGUAACUGGAUUUAAAAAAAUUAAAAAGAGGAUUAUUUUCUGUGGGUUAUUUAAUGAUUAAUGUUCAGUACCAUGCUUGCUAAUCAAAAUGAAAAUAAAAUUAUAUUCACCAGUACUUAUUCUAGUGUUUUUAUUUAAUGCAUUGCACAAUGCUCGAAAAUAUACAGGAUUGUAUUAGUAUUUCAUUAAUUACCUCAUGUAAUAUGUAUUGAAUAUCAACUAUGGAAUAUUUUGUUCAUAUAUCUGUAUCCAAAUGUUAAGUUUUAUUGUGGAAGUUCCUUAAAAUUAAUGUAAAGUUUGCUGCUAACGCAUGCUAAUUUUAAAAUAUUGUUGUAUACAUUCUUUUUUGCAAACAAAAGACAAGUCAUCAUUUAAUGACUCAUGGCCAGUCAUACCAAUCUGCUGUACCAAAGGUUGUUUAACCGUUAAAAAAAACUGUAUUGUAUCAGGCAAACACUAAUGAUGUGGAGACUGAACAAAGUUGUAACACAAGAAUAUUAUUUUGUUGUGUUAAUAGUACUUAAGAGUUAAUUGAAUUGUAACUUUUUUGUCAACUGAUGUAUGUAGUGUGAUUCAGUAAUUUUUAUAUUAAAACCUAAUUUUGGAUUUUUUUUUAAAAUCAGAAUAUUCAUGAAUUACAAAAUUGUUUGUUUAACAUCACUUUAUCAUUUAAUAUAAAUUAAAUAACAGGGAUGAAAUAUUGUCGUAGUUGUUUGUGUUGCAAAUCAAGUUGCCACACUGAAAGGGUUUGGAUUCUGUAAUUGGUAAGCAUUAAAGAUAAUCUAUUUUCAAAUUUGCUACAGUAAAAUGUCUGCAUUGUGGGUUUUUAAUUUGAUUAUUGAUAUUAUGCUAUCACUUAAUCAGUUCAAGUAAAAUCUUUUAUAAAAAAACUAUUAAUAAAUUGUGUAUCGUAUAUGUGCACUGAAGAUUAUGUGGAAGUGAUAUUUGACAAGAAAAAUUAACAGUUUUUACGUUGAGCUUUAUUUGUUUUGUUUUCACCGUCUUACAGUAGUGCGUUUGAUUUUAUAAAACUCAAUUUUUCAAUGAGCUACCUGCCAUGUUUUCUUUCUCAAACCCUGUAUGCUAUGAUGUACAUUUUUACUGUACCUUCACCAAUGUAAGAAUUUUUGCUACGCAAAUACAUGCAUCCACUGUA